AUGGAGCUGGAGGUACAUGCAGUAAGCCCUAUCUGUUGGCUUUUGAGCAACCACGGAAUUAAACUGAUCACAUUUACAUCAGUUACCGAUUACGAAAGUAAGAACCAGUAUAUAUUUUUGGUGUACUGUUAUGCUGCUGCCACUGAUAAUGAUGACAUCGAGGAUGACGACGACGAUGAUUAUAGGGUAUUCACCACCUAUCCAGACCAGAAGAUAGUGUCAUGCGGUGUUCGGAGCCUCCUUCGGAGCAGUGCCUCUGCUGGUGGUACUCCAUCAGGUGAGUUGGGGUUUGGCGUCGCUCGAUAUGCCAGCAGGGACCUUUGCAAAAUCUCUUCCGUUGGUCCCUCCCCUCUGGACUUCUGA